GGCUGAGCUUUGCCGCUCGGUUGAGUCCACUUCGAGUCCGGCAGUCUUUGUCCGGUCCACGAUGAGACAGCUCGCAUCGUAAGCCGCGCCAUGGUCAAUUUCCACGUGUUGUGCCUCUGCCUCGCUUCACUAUCAUCAGCGCCGGUUCGAGCCGUGUUCAAUACUUCCGUCUUGCUCGUGUCUUUCGACGGGUUCCGCUACGACUUCAUCCGUCGGAACGAAUCUUGGACCCCCAACUUACUGCGGCUCAAGGGCCGGGGCAGCUCGCCGGAGCACCUGCGGAAUGUGUUCCCGACGAAGACCUACCCGAACCACCACUCUAUUGCCACCGGGCUCUACCCGGAGACCCACGGGGUCCUCGCCAAUUCGGUCUUCGAGCAGGAUUUCAACUCCGAGCUCACCUACGAUGAUCCGAGGCUUUGGCAUUAUGAUGAGGAAAUCGAGCCGAUUUGGAUAACAAACGAAAAAGGAACCUCCGAGGGACGUGAGCGGACGGAGGUGCGAAGAAGUGGGGUGUUAAUGUGGCCGGGAGCCCAACACAAGUACCAAAACAAAACGAGUACAUUCUCGAUCCCUCUCAACAGAAGUGUCUCGUGGGAAGAACGAGUGGACAUCAUGUUGUCUUGGUUCACUCAUCCGGAGACUCCCAUCAACUUGGGGGUCGGCUACUUUGAAGAGCCCGACACUCAGAGUCACUUACAUGGACCAAGCUCUCAUCAGGUGAACGAGCAGAUAAAAAGGGUGGACAGGACGGUGGGCUAUCUCGUCGAUCAAAUAGAGAAACUCGAUCUAACAGACAAACUGAACGUGAUCAUCGUAAGCGACCACGGUUCCCACGAGGCCAAAUUCGAGCAACUCAUCGACUUGGGCUACCACGUUGACAUGUCUGCCCUCACCUGGGCCGGCUGUUCACCGAUUCUUCAGAUCCAACCUCAUAAAGGCCGGGAGGAAGAGGUGUUUCAAAAUCUGACGCAAGCCGCUGAGUCAACGAAUGCAUUCCAAGUUUAUCGAAAGGAGGAGAUACCGGAGAAGUGGAAUUAUAAGAGGAAUAACAGAACGGCUGAUCUACUAGCUUUGGCAACGGUUGGUUACGCGUUUCAAGGCAGAAUCAAGUACAUCGAUGAGGACUGGAAAACUCAAUUUUACAAUGUUACUUUGAAGCCAGGGCAAACGUUUGGAGUGCACGGAUAUUCAAAUGAGGAGCCAAGUAUGAGAGCUUUCUUCUUGGCUUGGGGUCCGCUCAUCAAGGAGGACUUCAACCCGGAACCUUUUGACAAUGUCGAUAUCCAACCUCUCAUUUCGUGUAUGCUGCAACUACCACCAAUGCCUCAGCAUCUCAAAGCAAACGGGACACUUGCCAAUGUAGCUUCAAUGCUUCGCAGUCCUCCGUCUCAACAUUGUCAACUCAGGAAUCAAGAGAUCGAUUCAAAAUGAAAAUAAAUUCUUUUGAAAGGCG